GGGGCCGGGCCGGGCCCAGAGCUCCCAAAAUGGCCGACUUUGAGGACCGGGUGUCCGACGAGGAGAAGGUGCGUAUAGCUGCAAAAUUCAUCACUCAUGCUCCUCCUGGAGAAUUCAAUGAAGUAUUCAAUGAUGUCCGGUUAUUGCUCAACAAUGACAAUCUUCUCAGGGAAGGAGCAGCACAUGCAUUUGCACAGUAUAACAUGGAUCAGUUCACUCCGGUGAAGAUAGAAGGGUAUGAUGAUCAGGUCUUAAUCACAGAACACGGUGAUCUGGGCAAUGGCAGAUUUUUAGACCCAAGAAACAAAAUCUCUUUUAAGUUUGAUCACCUAAGAAAAGAAGCUAGCGACCCCCAGCCUGAGGACACAGAAUCAGCUUUAAAACAAUGGAGAGAUGCCUGUGACAGUGCACUGAGAGCUUAUGUGAAAGAUCAUUACCCCAAUGGCUUCUGUACUGUUUAUGGUAAAUCAAUAGAUGGACAGCAGACAAUUAUUGCCUGUAUUGAGAGCCAUCAGUUCCAGCCCAAAAAUUUCUGGAAUGGUCGCUGGAGAUCCGAAUGGAAGUUUACCAUCACACCACCAACAGCUCAGGUGGCUGCAGUGCUCAAGAUCCAGGUUCAUUAUUAUGAAGAUGGUAACGUUCAGCUGGUUAGUCACAAAGAUAUCCAGGACUCUGUACAGGUUUCAAGCGAUGUUCAGACAGCUAAGGAAUUUAUUAAGAUAAUAGAAAAUGCAGAAAAUGAGUAUCAGACAGCAAUCAGUGAGAACUACCAGACUAUGUCAGACACCACUUUCAAAGCCUUACGCCGGCAGCUGCCUGUCACCCGCACCAAGAUCGACUGGAACAAAAUCCUCAGCUACAAGAUUGGCAAAGAAAUGCAGAAUGCUUAGUAUGGAAAUAAGGAGCUGUAUGAAGUGUUUGUGUGCAAAAAAGAAAAAACAAAUGUGGUCCUAUGCCAAGUAGAUGGUUUCUAAACCAGUGCAGCAUAUUUCUAGGGCUUUCAAAGUUGACAGGUUUUCUAGCCUCAGAGAGAACUGUGGAACAAAUAGCAUUGUCUUUGUGUUUUGUGUUUCCUGCCACGUAAGCUUCCUCUUGUGAUUGCAUAUACUGAUAGGUCAUUUUAAUUAAACCACAUUCAUGGUUCAGAAGUAUAGCUGUUCUCAAUCACUAAUUGUACUGGUUGGAAAGCUGCCUAGCUGCAAAAGCCCUAUUAUAAAUACAUCUGAGGGUGCAGGGCAUUUCCUUCACCUGUAUACAGCACUCCAGGUACUCCAGUAAGUUUGUCAAGUCUGCCAACAGCUCAAGGCACUAUGCUGCAAGUUGUAAUAAUGCAAGACACAGUAAGUGCUCCCAAGCAUCCUUACUACUGACCUCCACAAAGCAAAAGCCUGUAGGCUUGGAUUUUACCAUACAUAACGAGUUUACAAUAUCCAUUACAGAAAUCUCUACACAGCUAGCUCUUACAGGGACUUUUUUUCCUCCAAUCUCAAGAUUUGAGCCAUGUUCCCUUAGAAGUGAACAUUUUUGCUCUCCCUCAUGUAUGUACAGUUAUCAGACAUCUGCAUUUUUAUAGAACUCUGAGUUGGAUCACUGCUGAUCUGUGGAGACUGGAUUAGCUUAAAAAUGCAAAUGUCUGCAAAAUAGGUAUGUUGUGCUUUAAUGCUUUGUGGCAGGUUCAUGACAUUUGUAUCACAGGUGUAUGGAUGGAUAGCAUACAGAAUAAAUAAACUUGAACCAAAGUGGGAGGAAUAACUUUUCCAUUUUGUCUCUGUUGUGGCCAGUUUCUUGUCAUACCUAAGGGAAAUUCUGGAAUUAAUCUCUUCAUUGCUCUUAACUGCUUGCUCUGUGUCAAUUUGUUUUCCUGUAAAAUCAAGAAUAGCAGUCCUGUCAGUUUCUCUGCCAGGGAUAGUGAAGAGAUGUGUAUGCUUUCUCCUCAGUCAAAACUUGCAAUGAGAUUCAUCACAACAUCAAACCCUUCGGUUCACUCACUUUGCUUUGUUUACACUUGGUUAGCAAUGGGCCUUUUUGCAGGUUCUGGUUUUUAAUCUGGCUAGUGUCUUCCUGUUUUUUUAAUUCCAUGAAGAGCUCAAGAAGACAGGGACAGGACAGGACUGCCUGUGCAUUACAGUUCAGGUUUUGCACAGUAAUACAGUGUGUACCCUUCGUGAGAAAUUUUGUCAAAAUAAAAUAUAUUUGUAUUUGC